CAACAAGGCCACACUCCCAAAAUCCCCCCAAAUUCCAAAUUCUAGGGUUUCCAAUUCUCUCUGUUUUUCGCCCAAAACGAUGUCUUCGUCAUCUUCGUCCUCCAACAAGAAGGUCGUCGUCCUGAAAAGCUCCGACGGCGAGAUUUACGAGGUGGAUGAGGCGGUGGCGCUCCAGUCGGAGACCAUCAAGCACUUGAUCGAAGACGGCUGCGCCGGCAGCUGCGUCCCUUUACACAACGUUGAGUCGAAGGUACUCGCCAAGGUCAUCGAGUACUGCAAAAGCCACGUGAACGACGCCGCCAAGUCAGCGGAGGAUACCUGGCUCGACCGAUCGGGGGACACGAGCCGCUCGGAAUUCGACAAGACCUUCAUCGACGUGGAGGAUCAAAAGAUGCUUUUCGACCUCAUCCUGGCUGCAAACUACUUGAACAUUCAGAAACUCAUGGACCUGACGUGUCAAACUGUGGCUGACAUGAUGAAAGGCAAGACACCCGAGCAAAUUCGGGCAAAGUUCCAUAUUGUGAACGACUACACUCCGGAGGAAGAAGCUGCGGUUAGAGCAGAAAACGCUUGGGCUUUCGAGUGAUAUUCAUGCAUAUUUUGGGUUUUUGUUAGUGACUCAUGUUCAUAGCCCCUUUUGAUUGAUUUGUCUAGUUUAUGCUUUUUUUUCCUCUGUUUCUUGAACUUAUGUUUAUUUUGCAUGAAUGAGAAGUGCAAGACUUGGUUUAAUUUUUAUUCUAGUAAAUUAUUGAUUNUGAUUU